ACGAACGACCUUUCUUGGAAAGAUCUUUUCCAAGAAAGAUCGUAAUUGUUACGUCUAUGGCCAACUUUAAUGUUUGUUAUAUGGUGACAUUUCACGGUGUAUAGACUCAAAAUUGAGCUUGUUACUUUACUUUGACUUUCUAUCUCCUCCUGACAGAAACUCUUGCCUCCUCCCAGUGGUCAUUGAUAUUGAUAUUGAAAUUCUUGUUGUAAAGAGAAGGGGGAAGAGAAAAAGGCGCCAAAGGAAGAAACAAGAAGAAGAGCUGUGGAGGACAGAGACUGAGGCUGCCCAUAAAAGUUCCAUGUAAAAGAAUGAGCAGGAAUCUAAAGGAUUUAAAGAAUGAUCCUACAAGAGCAAACAGCUUCAAAGAACAACUAUGGUCAAAUUUAGUGACUGUUUUUGAAAACUUGAACAUAAAGAGCUUUCGUGCUUUAACACAAAAACUCUUAUAUCGGCCACCACCUAAGAAAUGUAAAAAAAUUGCACGAAGUGAACUGGAGGAUGUUGAUGCAAAUAAGUUGGCGGAUCUAUUCAUUAGAUACUACACCACCGAGCACGCUGGGCAGUUUGCUGUGGGACUGUUGGCAGAUAUCAAUGAGAAACAGCUGAGUAAAGAACUUGAAGAAGCUCUUAAAGAAGUUGAGAAUUGUACCUGUGAUAAGAAAGACAAGACGACACAGACAAGCCCAAGUUUGCACAGUUCAAGCGCAGCACAAGAUAUAAAUCCUGCUACUGACUGGGAAUCUACAGAUCCAGCUCAAGUUUUGAACAAGAGCGAGAAAACACCUGGAAGACAAGGGAAUCCAAAAUAUUCUCAUUUAGUAACUAUAACUCAGAGCCACAAACGCCAUAAGAGAGGAAGGCAAGAUGAAGAAAUCGAGCCUCUUUCUAAGAAACACCAAACCACAAAUAUAAGCUUUGAGUCUUUAUACUGUAAUGAGAAACCUUUAUUUGAGGAAACACAAAUACAAAUAAGUCGUUGUGGUAGCAAUCUAGAGAAUCCAGUAGAGGGAACUUCUCAUCCUCAGAUUUCCAGGCUGCAUAUAAGCCAACAAGAAGGCAAUAUAAAGGUCAUUUCCACUACAGAAAUCACUUUUGCACCAACAAACAUUGCCAUAAUUCCCUCCUCACCAAGCAGACCUGUAUCUGUCAGGCAAGACAUCAAUACUAGCCCUUUAACAGUCCGUACCAACCAACCUGAUGUCAACAAAAUUGCUCCAAGAGGGAGGGCCCUACCGGACAUUAAACUUCAGGCUUUGAAGAAAUUUGAUCUUCAGAUUAUGAAGGAACACCACAAUGGCAAGCCGCAUAUCUAUGCCAAGCUUUUAUUUCAGCACUUUGUGCCGUAUGACACAUACAAAACCUGGACCCAAAAUACUAACUUUGAUGGAUAUAGAGGUAAAAAUGCCCUUCCAAACAACCUACGUGUUGCAAUCCUAAAGCAGAUUUGGAAGCUUUUUCAGUUAACUAAAAAGGAUCGUGUUGAAAUAAAACGGACAAUUAAUGGUCUUUUGGCAAAUCCAAGAACUGCAGGAUGGCCUGUUCGUAUCUAGCCAACAUGCUCUUAAAAAGAACUGGAGAAAUGUGGGAAACUUGACCGUUAUACCUGUGAAUAUUUAGCAUCAUUUAACUAAAAGGGGUUGACUAUAUGUUUUCUUCUUUUUUUCUGUUUGUGGCAUAGAUCAAGUUUAGUUUUACCUUAAACCUCGGGUAUGGGGACCAUCUUCUGGCUGGUUUCCAUUGGACCAGGAAUAAGUGCUUCUGGAAUGAUAUGGUAAUUCUGGGAAAUGUCGUCUUUUUUUUUUUUUUUUUUUUUU